CUGAACUCUCCCUGUCUUUCUCUUUCCUUAAUUGAAAACCAACCUUGGAUAAGUGUGAAAUUUUGAAGACCGAUCUCCGGAAACUAAAAAUGGAAGAUUAAUUUUGAUUUGGGGAAUUUGCGACAACGAAUCACUACUUCCAUUAUAUUCUCCGUUCUCCGUAAAAUCAUUUGCUUGGUUUAUUUUACCAGAAAACAAACAUAAACCCUAACUUUCACUCUGUGGAGAAAUUAGAAGCUGAAAAUGUCAAGCAUGCCGGAAGAGAUCUACCAUGAAAUUCUUUUGAGGUUACCAGUUAAAUUUACUUAUAUGCAAGUCUGUUUGCAAGAAUUGGUAUGCCCUAAUCUCUACCUCUGAUUUUGUUAAAUUGCACCUUGAUUUUACUGUCCAGAAAAACAAUCAUAUUCUCAUGCUUGAAGGUUCUUCUAGUGGGGGACUUUACCCCGAGGUACUUUACUCCAUUGGUUAUGAUUCAUUGACAUCGUCAGUGUGUGAAAUUAAAGAUGCUUCUAUUGAAAUGGAUCACCCAUUCAAAUCUUUGCGUUAUCUUGUUCGAUUGAUGGGAUCUUGUAAUGGUUUGGUUUGCAUAAGGUUGGUUGUUGAUAAUGAUAAUGGUGAUGAGAAGAAUUAUUUUUAUCUUUGGAACCCAGCUACAAGAGAAUAUAAAGAAAUACCCAAAUCACCAAUUAAAAUUGAUAGGAUUCAAAUGAGUGCGUUGGGUUAUGAUCACAAUACUGAUGACUACAAGUUGGUAAUAGGCACUGUAGAACCUCCCGGAAGCAAGGGUACUCUGGUUCAAGUCUAUUCGUUAGCAUCAAAUUCAUGGAAACCUGGGCAAACUGUAGCUUAUUGGUUUCCUAGCCAUUAUUUGGAAAAACAUAAACAUGGAGUGCUUGUUAAUGGAUACUUUCAUUGGUUGGUGAUAGCUGAACAUAAGUUUUCCUUACUCUCUUUGGGCAUCAGUGACGAGAGUUUCAAAGAACUGCAUCUAUUACCUAAAGAACUUUUGGAGAAGAAUAAGCAACGAUGUAUGUCACUUGGAGUGUUGGAAGGGUGCCUGUGCCUUUGCUUAUUGGUCACCUCAGAUGUUGAUGUACCUAUGUUUGAAGUAUGGCAGAUGCUGGAUUAUGGAGUUCAAGAAUCUUGGGCUAGACGUUUUAUCAUUCCCCUUAAUAGCAUUAUGGAGAACUGUCUUAUAUUUUUAAGUCCUUUGUGGUCUUUUGAGAAUGGUGAAAUUCUAUUGAUGAGUUCUAGUAACCUAGUUUUGUAUGACCCAGAACAUGGAAGUGCUAGAAAACUAAGUAAGCCUAGCAAUAGCACCUGCCUCACCGUAAAUUAUAUUGAUAGCUUAGUUUCUCUCGAGUCUGGUACAUAUGUCGGGGGAGAAGGGAGGAUGGAGGAAUUAAGAGAAACCUGAAGAAGAAGAAUAAGCUUUAGAAGGGAGAAAAACUGGUGACAUUGAAUAUGUUAUAGGUUCUUCUUGUUGCUAUCCUGCAGUUUUUAGUACAAUGAGUUCUAAAAUUAGUUGUAUGUUUCUCUUUGUGUUUUCUUCUAAUUUUCAGACUGGUAAUGUAUGUCGUGAAUUCCUAAAGAUUAGUAAUGUGUUGUUGUCUCCAAUCUAGAGCAGGAUCAGGUAUCCGUAGAUUUUUUUCUCGUGCUCUGUCCUUUCGGUUGUAUUGUUAUAAUUCAUUAGCUUUCCUUAUGCGAUUGCGACUAUGUUUGUGCCUGCAGCCAAGAUGGAACUUUAAUGGCAGAUCAUAAGAGGUUAAUUUUUUUUUAUUUCUAAUAUAAUUGAGUGGCAGAAACUUGCGACGUUAACUUGGAAUUGGAGCUAGGUGUCAUAGAACCGGAUGAUAUUGCCUACUCAAAAUAAAAAUAGGAUAAAUUUUUCUUCUGAUUUCCUUCGAUUUUGAUGGGAAUCUAGUCGGCUGUAGACCAGUCAUCUGACUCAUAUGAUUCCAAAUCUAUUUUUGUUUCCAUUUUUGCAGGCUGAUGAAUUAGCUUUGUGACUAAAAGCUUCGCUUCACAAAGGGAAAGAGCACUUUUGUCCACUUCGCUGGUUCUAUGGAGCUUGAGGGGGUUUAAACACUUCGCCGUAUAGCUUUUAGUUUUACAGCUAAAAAUACGUCAUUUUUAACGUGAGUUUAUGGUUCAUUUGGGUUUUUGACUUAUCACAUUAGAAAUGGACUAUGAACUAGUGCUUUAAGAAUUUUCAAGUCAACACACUUCGUCAGUCGUACCACUACCCGUAUUAAAGUAAAACAGCCUGUUGCAUCUCCGCAUUGAGUAAUCAGUUUGAACAGAAAUUCUAGAAGGUUGUAUUUCCUCGACUACGAUUUGAAGUUCAGUAGUUCCUUGUCUUUUAUGAUUUUGAAAACCUUCCGUUUCUUUUGUACUCCCUCAAUAUAUUCUUAAUUGACAUGUUCCUUUAACGUAUGUUCUUACUUGAUCAGUUCUUUCUUUUUUGAUGGUCAAACAUACAUAUAGAUAGGAAAAUUUGCUCUUGUUGUCUCUUAUCUAGUGAUUAUUUGUAGCUAUGCAUGUGUUUACAGAUUUAGUAGUCUGGUAAUAUAUAGGAAAAAUUUGCAAAGACCUCAUAAAACUAGGGCUCGGGACUAACUUUUUUUUUUUUUUUUUUUUUUUUUUCUUAUUUCGAAACAUCAAGCAGGAUAAGUAACUUCUCCCUUCAUCUAUUGGGAUCGAAAAUAACACGCCCGCUGACUACAAAUAUAUUACCCUCUUUACUGGGAUCCUACAAAAGCAUACAUGUAGUAACUAGUAACCUAUUGCAUUGAAGUGAGUUUAUCUGUUUAUGUUAUAUAAACAGAUACAGAUUCUUCUUUACUGCUGAAAUUCUGAAAUUUCCUUUGUAAUGGGUAGCUGAGAAGGAGUUGCAAUUUCCGUUUUUGACGCUUCUAAUUUCAGGAAAAGAAUUAAUUUUGAUGUUGAACUAUGUCUCAAACAAAGAGUGAUAAAAAGUUUAAAAUUUUUGUAAACAUGAAGGAUUCGUCUAGUCAUAAAUAUUAACAGGAGGACAUAAUCUUGUUGUUCUUGCGUGCGAUCUUGGCCACUAUGUACAACUUGGAACCACAAUAGAUGAUGCAAUUGGCGAGGCAUAUGACAAGACGGCUAGGUUACUUGGACUUGAUAUGAGAAGAAGUGGUCCGGCUCUGGAGGAGCUUGCUCGGGAAGGAAAUGCAAAAUCAGUAAAACUCAAAGUUCCAAUGAAAAACCAUAAAGAUUGCAAUUUCUCAUAUGCUGGUUUGAAGACUCAAGUACGGUUGGCAAUUGAAUGGAGUAACAUGUUUAUAUGUUGCACAGAGGCACAGUUGCGCGCACAAAUUAUUACUUGGGGUACUCUGGAGCUGCGAACUGUGAGCUGGAAUCGCCGGAACUUUCACAUUGUUGGCAUCCGCGAGUAAUGAUCCUACUAUUUGAGUAUGAUUUAAAGUGUGUUCAAUUGAUGCGUAAAGAAAAAUACGAAAAAGGGGGUCGUCGUCGUCCACUGGCGAACUUGAUAAAAAUCAGUAGGAAAAAAAGAAAGAAAAUGGAAAAAGGAGACUUUAAUUUUCUUGUGUCAGGUAGUUAGAUAUUUCUGCUCAACUCUGUUGGAACUUUGUAAAUGACUAUGGGGUAAUGCUUGCUAAUAAUCUUGUCUACAGAGAC